GAUUGUGUAGGGCUGGCCUUCAUCUCAGUAGGGUGUGUCUACUGAGAGCUGCUGUAAGCUGUUCAGUGAGGAACUGAAAAGAAAGACUAAUUGUGGCUGUUGUGAUUUCUGCCUUGGAUAAUGCCUUACCAUGGACACAUCAAUCCCUUCACUUCUGCUGGUUCUGUGGCUCAAGAGUUUUCUGAACUGGUUGGUGGUCGUGAUCCAGCGACACUACAUGAUCCGGACGUUCUCAGGAUUCUUCUGCAUUUCCCUGGCACUGAUUGACAGUCUGUUGAGUUUUGCCCUCACAGCUAUUUUCUAUCUGGAAGACAUCAACUUCUCUGGCUGGCAUUUCACCAGGUACCACAUAUGCCUACUGACUCAGAUUGCUUGUUUUAUCUAUGCCACGCUCCACUGGCCAGUGUUCCUCCUCGUAGGACUAGAUAACUUCUGGACGCUAUCAUCAAGCUCAAGAAACACAGGCUGGACACAAAAGCUGACUUACAUUGCGGGAGUGUGUCUCCUUUGGAUUCUAGCAGCUCUGUAUGUCUUCUGGGUGCCUGAUGUCGCUCCUCUGUUAGGAGAUGAUGAGAAGCACCAAUGCAAGCUGUUCAGCAGCCCUCAGAGUUCACAGGUUCUCGCUGCAUUGUUACUGACAGCCACCUGCGUCAUUAUUUGCUCGUACGCUCCGUUUGAGAAAUGGAGGGUGCAGGUUUUUCUGCAUUCCAUUCAACCAUGUUGUAUGAUUUGUUUAAGGCGGAUCAUGCAUAUGUUCCUCAGCACGUGGGCCUCGUUUCUCAUUCUGAUGAUCAUCUCGCCGCUGCUAAAGAUAGAGAUGAACGCGCACCUGCAGUUAAACGUCGUCUGGUUGAGUUUCCUCAACAGUUUUUCUGUUGCUUUGGCACUGUGUUUUGCAACGAAUUCCAAGAAAAGCGAGACCAUUACAGAUGGGUUUUGUUCAUGGUACUUUUGUUUUACAUAUGAAGCUGACGAGUGGAAUUAUGGACAAGCUGACCGCAUUCAAGUUCAAAAACACUAAAUGUCUGAGUAUGCCUAUUUGCUUUCUUGUUUGCAUUGCAAAAAGAAAAUUAAACACACGUGGGUUUGUAAA